GCCCGCCGCUGCUCCCCCUCGUCCUAGCCGCGGCGCCGGCCGCCCGCUGAUCAUGCUCACCGUGUCCCUCCUGGAUGCGCACCUCUCCCGCUGCCGCUCCGCGCGACACCUCCUCCAAAUCCACGCGCAGUUCCUCGCCUCGGGCCUCCUCGCGGACGCGUUCGCCGCCAGCCGCCUCCUCCUCUUCACCACCUCCACCGCCGCCGGGCGCCUCCUCCCGCGCCCGUUCGACCACUCCCUGCGCCUCCUCCGCCUCGUGCGCAGUCCCAACGCGUUCUCCUGCAACACCAUCCUCAAAGCCGCCCUGCGACACGGCCUUCCCCACCUCUGCCUCCCGCUCUACGCGUCCAUGCCCACGCUUCCCGACAGCUACACGUACCCGCUCCUCGCCGCCGCCUGCGCCGCCAGGGGGGACGCGCGGGAAGGGCGGCAGCUCCACUCACACGCCUUCAGGCACGGGUUCAGCUACAAUGUGUACCUCAGGAACGCGCUGGUGCACUUGUACUCUGCCUGCGGCUGCGUCGCGGACGCGCGCAGGGUGUUCGACGAGGGGCCCGUGUGGGACGCCGUUUCCUGGAACACGAUCCUGGCCGCGUACGUGCGUGCUGGGGACGUCGAGCAGGCGAUCGGGGUGUUUGCUAGGAUGCCAGAGAGGAGCGCUGCAGCGGUGAGUUCGAUGGUGGCACUUUUCGGGAGGAGUGGGAUGGUGGAUGAGGCGAAGAGGGUGUUUGACGGGGCAGAGCAUAGGGAUGCUUUCACGUGGGCAGCUAUGAUUUCCUGCUUUGAGCGGAAUGGCCAGUUUGUGGAAGCAUUGGGCGUGUUCUCAGAUAUGCGUGCUGAGGGUUGGCAUGUGGAUGAGGCAGUGAUGGUCAGUGUGAUCGCUGCGUGCACACAGUCAGAGGUAAUUCGGAAUGGAGAGGUGUGCCAUGGACUGGUUUUCAGAGCUGGCCUUGGUUUGCGGUUGAAUGUCCAGAAUACACUUAUCCACAUGUACUCAAGUUGUCUGGAUGUUGCUGCAGCACGGAGAUUGUUUGACAGUGGUGAGAGUUUGGACCACUUCUCCUGGAACUCAAUGAUUGCUGGCUAUCUGCAGAAUGGCCGUGUAGAGGAUGCAAAGGCGUUAUUCAGUGUGAUGCCUGACAAAGACAAUGUUUCUUGGAGUACAAUGAUGUCUGGUUGUGUGCAAAACAACCAGUCAUCCGAGGCGCUCACAUUUUUUGACAACAUGAAAGCCCAUGGAAUUAGACCUGAUGAGGUUACACUAGUGAGUAUCAUCUCUGCAUGUACUAAUCUGUCUGCGUUGGAACAAGGAAAGUCAGUGCAUGAGUACAUUAAGGAAUACCAAUAUAACAUCACUGUUGUACUUGGCACUAGCCUCAUUGACAUGUACAUGAAAUGUGGAUGCUUGGAUGCUGCACUAGAAGUCUUCGACACGGUAGAAGAAAAAGGAACACCUUGCUGGAAUGCUGUCAUCGUGGGGCUGGCCAUGAAUGGCCUUGUUACAAAAUCCCUUGACAUGUUUUCAGAGAUGGAAGCCUCUGCAACUGCUGUCCCAAAUGAGAUAACUUUCACCGGAGUUCUGAGUGCUUGCAGACAUGCUGGCCUAGUUGAGGAGGGCCGCCAAUUCUUUAAGUUGAUGCAAAACAAGUACCAAAUUGUACCAAACAUCAGGCACUAUGGAUGUAUGGUUGAUCUCCUUGGACGAGCUGGAUAUGUCAGAGAAGCUGAGGAUCUGAUUCAGAGCAUGCCCAUGUCACCUGAUGUUCCAGCAUGGGGUGCAUUGCUUGGUGCCUGUUGGAAACAUGGUGAUAGUGAAGUUGGGGAAAGGGUUGGGCGGAAGCUUGUCGAGCUGGAUCCUCAUCAUGACGGGUUCCAAACUAUGUUAUCUAACAUAUAUGCUUCAGAGGGGAUGUGGCAAUGCGUAAAGGACCUAAGGGGUUCCAUGAAGCAACAUGUAGCAAAAGCCGCAGGCUAUAGUGUGGUUGAAUCACCACAUUCUUCAUGAGCUAAAAUGAUUUUCCCUACCACCAUAAUGGCAACAUUUAUCUGGCAAUGAGCGAGGUGCAACACAGUUCAUUCAGAGGUGAUUUUAACAGAAAAAAUUGGUAAGUGCAAGCUAAUUACUUUCUGUUCAGUCUGAUGUAUG